AUGCGAAGUUUCCACUACUCUCCGAAGGAAGACCAAAGUGCGAGGCGUCUAGAGCAGCUUCAGCUAGAGCUGGCGAAAUAUCAGCAGUUACUUCAAUCAGAGAAAGACCGAAAUGACCUCCUACAAGAGGAUAUAUCCCGUCGAGAGCGGACCAGGAUACCGGAGGAUGUAAUCGCUCUCGGACCAGCCGAAACAGCCGUAACCCACAAUGCUGAACGGCGUUCGACUGAUGAUUCGGCAUAUGUGAUUAAGCACAUGGGCCGUCUUGUUCACGACGAAAAUGGCGUCGGUCGAUUUGCAGGCUCAACUACCGGUGUUCAUUUUGUUCUCAGUGUGGAGAAAGAAUGCCAGAAGACAUUGAAUCUUUCUUGCGGAUUCCCAGAAAGUUGUUUCCGCCUCUUUUUGAUUCCACCAUCUCCCACGGUACCCACGAUUGCCACAGAAAGCCCAUCAGAAUAUCAAAAUUGGAUAUCUGAAUGUGUUCAUUAUCCAUUGGCUUACUACCAUGAGCAAGCCGACUUAUUCAUGAAGAAUUGGGAGGCGUUUUGUCCUGUUCUAGUUCGGACCGAAAUUUUGGCAGACAUUGAUUAUAUGAUAGGACUACUAGCCGACCUCAGAUAUACUCCGAAGCCCAACCCAGCGACAGCACUGACGCUCUUGAUGAUUCAUUGUAUAAAUGACUUACAAAACAACCAAAAGGAGCCAGAAUAUCCCUUAAGACCCAGCCGCGAACGGUAUCUAUCCUUGGCCAGUAGUAUGAUUGACGAGGUAGCCGCAAAAGGGGAUAUGAGAAGCUUACAAGCAUUGGUGCUCUUCGGCUUUUGCAGUCAAUUGAGUGGUGACUGUCUUGCGAUGACAAGGAUUAAUGGCUUGAUGGUCAGCAUUUCCCAGUCACUGGGCCUCCAUCGCCAUGCUAGACGCUUCAAAUUGAAACCCGGCGAAAUUGAGCUUCGGAAGCGCGUUUGGUGGUAUGUCUACGUUUUCGACAGCAUGACAUCUCUGCUUCACGGAAUUCCGGCUUUGAUAAAUGACGUGGAUGUGGAUAAUGACUUGCCUUCGGACUGCUAUCUUCUCGGCUUGGAUUCUGCAGACAUCUCCCACCCUCUGCCUGGUGAGAAUACCGCAGUUUUUGUCUUCAUCCAAUAUGUGCGCAUUGGUAAAAUAUUUUCGCGGAUUCGUGAAAUGCUUUACACGACUACCAAACGUCGAAACGGCGCGGCCAAAAUCAAGGAGUUGGAUCUCGAUCUGCAUAUGUGGAGUCAAAGUCUAAAAGCACAUGGCAUCCAAAUUGAAAUUGGGACUCUGCCAACAAUAAAUCCACCCGAAGGUGCUGGGAAAGGAGUUGAAAGAACGACACUAUGGCUUCAACUGCUAGCAAAUAUUGCAAUGGUCUUCACACACCGACCAGGCCUGUCUUUUGACGAGAGCACGCCUCAGUUUGCAAACUGCCUUCGAGCAUGCGUGGCGUCUAGUAGCGCUGGCUUAGCUUUGCUCGAAAACACGCAUGUACCACGAUGGUUACAAAAUUUGAGCAUGAUGAGCCCUGGAGUGGUAUUCCAGUCCGCUUUGAUGCAUGUUCAUUUCCAAUGCCAGUCAUCCACCGUCAAUCUCGAGGGGGACCCGUCUUUGGAAACUAGCCUCGAUUUCAUUUUGAAGGGAAGAUCUGUACUUGAGAAACAUAUUAUUCUCAAUACCCAGGUGCCUGAUUCUCGGCACUCUAUUUAUCACGAGUCCAUCUCUGAGGUCAUGGGGGUUUUGGACCUGCUACACUCCCUGCUGGUAGAGAAAAGGCAAAUCCAGGCGGACACAGGGUCCUUGCCGAACCAUGAUAUCCUGGGCGACCCUCCUGUAUUCUUUGACGAACUUAAUUGGGGAACGGAAGCCCUAGAUGUAUUGAACUAUGUUACCGCGACUGACUGGGCCUACGACAUUCCAGGGCCGUUCAUGGGAUACCCAGAGCUCGACGCACCGGAAGUGAUGAUGGAAAACACCCACCUAGAGCCUAGUUGA